AUGACCACAACAGAUACCAAGGCUACUACAUCGAGUUCUACAUCAUCCACGCUUGCCAGCUUUGAAACCCCUUUGAUGGUAACGCACAGCGAACAAAUAUCCCCAAGUAUUACUACCGAUCAACCAGCAUCGUCCACUUCUACUGCUAGAAGUAGCGGCCUCAACGCCGGUGCAGUAAUUGGUGUUUCGGUCACGUCUGGAGUCGCUGGAUUCUUCAUUCUCGGGGUUAUCAUAUUCUUCUGCUGCAGGAGGGUACGGCGUCAGCAUGAGAAAGUCAAAGAUCGAGAUUUCUUCGAGAUUGGAGGCGUCAUGUCGGAACCUCCAGACUUUGGCUUACCACUUCCCCGACGUCCAAGUCAAGGCCCACCCAAUCCUUCUUUUAGUGCAGGAAGCCAGCAAUCCAGUUCCGAGAGUGCGAGGUUAAUGUCGCCAUUCAAGCCGGCAACCCGCAAUCCAGCGGUCAUCGUUACAGGUCCUGGUGAUUAUAAUUUUGCAUAUGAUAGUCCGGAUAGGAUCGGUUUCGCGGUGUCAACGAAUUCCGAAUUUGACGCUUCCCCAAGCCAGUCAGAGCGCACGGUUUCCGAUUUAUUACCGGAUAAGCCAAACAUGAACCUAUAUCCAAAGCCAUUAAGAUGGAGCAGCCACAAGCCCUUGAAACAUAUGAGUAGUGACACAUUGUUCGAAGAGGAUGCAGUGAGACCUAGAAGCCUUCUUGGGUCUUCGAGCCAAAACAAGGGUUCCAUCGGUGGAACAAACGGACACAAUGGCAGCCAGCAGUAUAAACCAGCAAUGGGCUUACCAUCUAACCCGCGCGCAAUGCUAUAUGGAAUGGGCAACGCGUCGUUAUCCAGGAAGAACGUUCGGUAUGGAGCGAAGCCGGUCUUCGCCAAUACUGGGGAAAGGAUCGCGCACUACCAACAAGCAGAAAUCUGCAAUGAUCCACGCUGGUAUGCGGAGGUCCAAAUGCCGGAUCAGCAGGAUUACGUGGACAGUCAAUGGUUAAACCCACGCGCUGGGUACGGUCAGAGUGAUGGGCGGCAGUUAACUCGUGGAGCCGCACGUCGGUCGGUCGAGCUGGUAACGCACGAUGAUCUCGUAAAAACCUCAGACGGCUUCGAGACCAUCAGCCUCAAUGACCGCUCGGAGCUCCGUCGAAAGUCUCGACAUUCUGGCGACUUCAAGCCACUCACUCCAGUAAGGGAAGUAGUCACUCCGUCGGUUAACGCUGGCAAGAACGAGGGUGGGGGCUACUUUGAUAGCGGUGCUACUGUGCCGAAUCCCAGAAUACCCUUCUCCGGGACAGCUCCUCCUGUGCAGGAAAUCGUCUCCCGACCUCGGAUUGUACGAGGUGAUGAUAUCAAACGAGUGCAGAUUCGCAAGGGCAAACCGCAAUCCCAAGGACUGAGAAUCCCAUAUUCUCCGAAGGAUGGCUGGCUAGAGACCCGCGGUUCUCAAACUCAGUACUCCGACCUCAAGUCCAAGAAACUCCCGGUUGACCCCAGCUUUCCAGUGGAGAGUAUGGCACCUGCUACGCCGCGGAGGAAACCAGUAUCCUGGGGUCGCAACCUGACACCUGCACGGCGAGGCUCUGACCUGAUUCUGCGCGUGGAUUAG